UGUAACUACAAUAUUAAAUAAAUUAAAUAAUAUACACAUUAUGUGAAUUAUGUUAUACUAAUGGGGUAUAAUGGUGUCAACUCGGGGUCCAAGGUCACGAUACUUUGAAAAGGGAGAGCUUGUACUUUGUUACGAACCAGAUGUAACAAAAGCUAAAGUUUUGUAUGAUUCGAAGAUUUUAGGCAUUUACGAAACAAAAGAUAAGCGUGGACGUAAGAUUAUACAAUAUAAAGUACAUUUUCAAGGCUGGAGUAGCUCUUGGGAUCGUAAAGUUAACGCAGAUUUUGUACUUAAAGACACUGAAGAAAAUCGACAGCUGCAGAGGGAUUUAGCUGAAAAGGCGCAUUUGCAACUGGGGGCAUAUCUGUAUCGUAAAGAACGCAGCAGCAGCAGCAGCAAUAAUAAAAAAAGAACUCGAAAAAUUAUAAUAAAUCGUGAGCGUGGAAAUUCAGCAGAGCACUCUUCAGCAUCAUCUGUAGUAACUGGUGAAGAAUCAAAUACAGUAAAAACUACAACACCAGAAGCGUCGGAUGAAAAAAUUAUAACGGAUGAAAAGCAUGAAGAGGGAAUUAUGAAAGAUGUGGAGGGAGAUAGUUGCGGAAGCUCCUUUGAGGGUUCUUGUGAUGAUAAGCGUGUUUUGUUGCGCAUUAGUGAACGUUUGCGUCAAUAUUUGGAAUAUGAUCAUGACAUGAUAGUUAGUGGCAGAAAGUAUGUGCUACCUGCGCGAGUUCCAAUUAUUACGAUAUUAGAUAAUUUCGUACGACAAACCACAGUAAAUAUGAUAUUUUCGGCUACACAAAAUGAGAACACGCGACGUCGCACAAUGUUACGGAACGACAAAAAAGAACGAGAGUACGACAAACUAUUGUCAUCUGUUAAUCUGCUUAAGGAAAUUGCCGAUGGCUUACGUAUAUAUUUUGAUUUUACCCUUGUUGAUUAUUUACUUUACAAUGAGGAAAGAGAAUAUAUUGAGUCUGUACUAAGUGAGGAAUUGUUAAAAAAUUUUACAUAUAUACCGGUUAAUGGUCUACUACCGAAUAACAAUAACAAUGAUAUUGACCAGAUUCCAACACCGAUUACAGAUAUUGGUACUGAAUCACAAUCGUCAUUAAUAACUAGUGAACCUACGACUGGAACAGCUACUGAUGGUACUACACCCACUUCUAUUGAGGAGCCACUAAAACGUAAAUUACGUUCUCAUCGUAGUGAAGACGGUGAAAAUUGUUUAUCCAGCGUAGCCAGCAACAGUUCAGGUGCUUCGACACCUUUACAUACGAAUGGUAUUAAUCCGGAUGCUAACUAUUCUAAGUGUUUAGAAACAAUGACACCCAAUUUACCAACACAAAUUAAUACAUUUUUACAAGAAGUGCUAUUAUGGCGAAUGAUUCCAGAAAGCUCUGUUCCUAUGCCAUGUAUGAUUUUCGGUGCACCACAUUUAGGUCGUUUGCUGGUUAAAUUACCGGAAUUUUUAAAUGCAUCUACAAUUGCUGAUGAGAAAUUAAAGCUUUUAUUGACGAACUUGGAUACUUUUAUCAAUUAUUUAGAAUCACGAAAAGAAUGGUUUGCAGAGGAUAAUUACAUGCCCGAAUCAAAUUCAAAUAGAACACCUAACGAAAGUAAAUUUAUAGAAAUUAAACAACAAACAAGUAGUCCACAAUCAGAAGAGCAAUACAAAAAUGGUGAGAAAGGCGAAGAUAUUGAGUCUAUACUUGAAAUCACAGAGGAACAAGAUCAACAUGAAAAUGGUUAUAAAAAGCACAUCUAUCAUAUUAGAAAAGAUGUGGAGUAUAAUGAUGUUAUACAUGACGAUGAUAUAGAACUAAUUGAACAUGAAUUGGAAUUUGAAGUGGAAACUCAUGAGGAUUAUGGUAGCCCAAAAGAAAAAAGAGAAAGAAGUACUGCUCCAACAGAUGAGAAUAGAAUGGACGUAGAUGAAAUUGAAAAGAAAAAUUUGAAUGAUGUUAAACCAGAAGUAUUAGAAGUUGACGAUGAUAUUGUCUAUCAAUUGGAUGAAAGUUUAAAUAGUGAAGCACUUAAAGAAGAAACAAAUGUUAAAGCUGAGCAUGACAAAGAAAUCUGUGAAGUAACUAUAGUAACUUAAAACUAUUUGUUUUUAGUACUUGAAGUAGAUGUUGAUUAUGUAUUGUACAUAUAAAAAUGUAGAAAUAUAUGAUUUUAAAGAACACUCUAAUACAAAAAGGCAAUGAAAAAGUAC